CGCGGCCAACAGUGGACAAGACCUAAGUCUCCAGGUUUGCUCCUGCGCAUGAUUCCGGACUGGUGUUAAUGUGCUUGUCAGCAGGUGUAUUGUCACACAGACUCCCUUCUGCCAUCUCUCGUUCUCGUUGAAUAGUCGUCCUCGUUCUCCGACUUCGCCAAAAUGGGGUGUAUGAACUCCAAGCCAAUGGAUCCUGAUGACAAGGAGGCCGUGCAACAGAACGCCAAGAUUGAGAAGAUAAUCCGAAAUGACAAGAAGACGCUGGAUCGCACAAUCAAGAUUUUACUUCUUGGUGCCGGUGAAUCGGGAAAGUCGACAAUUAUAAAGCAAAUGCGAAUCAUCCACUCAGGCGGAUUCCCUACCGAUGAACGUCGCCAGAACCGUGCUGUGAUUUACUCGAAUUUGAUCGUCGCUUUUAAGGUCCUGCUGGAAAUCAUGCAAACAGAGGGAAUCGAGUUUACAAGUGACAAAGCCAAGGAAUUCGCGGCACUGAUCGAUAAGACGGAACCCGAUGUAAGCUCGGAGGAAGCGUUCUCUGAUCGCAACGUGAAGGAUGCCAUGGAAGGAAUGUGGGCAGAUGAGGGCGUUCAAAAGGCCGUUGCACGAGGACACGAAUUCGCUUUACACGACAAUCUUCAUUACUUCUACAAUUCUCUGGAUCGUAUUUUCGAACCUGGCUGGCUUCCCGAUAACCAGGACAUGCUGCACUCUCGUCUACGGACAACCGGAAUAACGGAGACCCUUUUCGAGCUGGGUCAGAUGAACUUCCGGAUGAUGGAUGUUGGAGGACAGCGGUCAGAGCGCAAGAAGUGGAUUCAUUGCUUUGAAGGUGUUCAGUGUCUCCUCUUUAUGGUUGCGCUGUCCGGUUAUGACCAGUGCCUCGUGGAGGAUCAAUCGGCGAAUCAAAUGCACGAGGCGAUGAUGCUGUUCGAAUCCUUGGUGAAUGGAGAAUGGUUCAAGCGAAAGCCGAUUAUCCUCUUCCUGAACAAGAUCGAUCUGUUCAAGUCCAAGCUCGCUCUCUCGCCGGUAUCGAAGCACUUCCCUGAUUAUAGUGGAUCAAAUACGGAUUUUGAUGCGGCCGCGAAAUAUUUUGCGGACCGAUUCCGUGGGAUCAACCGGAUGCCGGAGCGUGAAAUCUACAUCCAUUAUACAAACGCCACCGACACGACAUUGCUGAGCGCCACCAUGGACUCUGUCCAGGAUAUGAUCAUUCAGAAAAACCUGCACACACUCAUCCUAUAAACACGGCGCCGCAAAUGUGGAUGUCGUAAUCACUCCCAGAAUAAUCUGCCCCGCUGAGCUGUCUGUCGUUCCACCUACGGGAUGUGAGCAGCUUACUGUCCGACCAUAUCUUUUCUCGGAAUUGUUUUCAAGGUGUCUGACGGAGUGUACCAGUUGAUAUAGGUGCCUCGUCUUUUCUUCUCUUUCAGCGCCGUGACACUGUUUCCUACGUUUAGGGCUAACAUUUUUCCUGCGCCCAUCAUGUUAUACCACCCAUCUCAUUCCUCCAUGUGUAUAUUGACUUCUCACGACCUUCCUUCGUUUUUUUUUUUUUUUUUUU